UGUGUAGCCGCUUCACUGGGCGCACGCCUUAAGUUCGGCUCCCGCUGCGCACAGAAGGCACCACCACAGUGGGCGCGAAACACACACACACACACAAACACAUACACACCCCAAGGGCGGGAGGCAAUACUGGUGGUGCCUGAGAACGACUGCGGCAGGCGUGGGUAGGAGGGGGUGGGGGUGGAGGCUCAACCGCAGGUGCGCACAGACGCUCAGACCCCCACACUCGUUACUCGGCAUUACUGAACCUGGGAGACGUGAGCUUUCGAGAGCUGGAAACAAAUUCUAGGAAAGUGGAGGAGAGAGGAUGCCGGUGUUUAGAAUGAGGGAUACUUGUGUCUUUGGUACCGGAUGCGGCGAAAAUUCGUUGGGUCGCGGGUCAAGAACCUGGGGGCUGGAUCCGCCCGCGCCUUGCCGCCCUGUACUCGGCGGAAGGUGCACUCACACCUUCCCAGCCCCGAGGACCCGCUCUCCCGGCAGUGGGAGAGCUCUGCUUAGGUCGGGGACGCAGGCGGAUACGGGGCUGAGUCCACGGUUUUCCCGGAACUCCCGGUUCCUCCUGAGUCUUCCUGUGAGGGGAGGCGCGGGCUAAGGGGUCCCCGCGUUUCCCGAGUGAAAGGCCGCGUCCCGCUCCCGCCCACGCCGGCCCCUCCAGGGCUCUGCCACGGCUCCACUCACCGGCUCCCGCCACCUGGGUUCCGCUCCGGGACCUCGGCAGCCAGCGCCUCCCGACUCGCCCGCCCACCGGCCUCUCUUUCCAGCACCCGCAGCCUCCCUCCGGAGUGCAGGGGCCCGGGCGACGCCACGGCCGGGAGCGGGGUCGGAGGCCAAGCUGGGGCGCGGGCCAGAGCUGCCGGGCCGCCGGGCGCGGGAGAAGGAGGGCGCCCCCUCUCCUCUCUGGGCCGUGUCAAUGCUUUGCACUUGGGGCGGCCUGCGGCUGGGGGUCCUUCCCCAGGGCCCUGGGACCCGGGCGCCCCCCGCCUCAGGCCCUUUCGGCAAGUCGGGUCGGCCCGCUGCGCUUUCCUGUCCGGGCGCAGGCAACCGCGGGCGCGGGCGGCGGGGUGGGGGCCGGGGCAGGGGGAGGGGUCUCGGGGCUCGCUGGCCCGUCAUUGGUUAAUAUUUUAUUCUGUUGACAUGUUUUCUUACUGCUGAGGCUUCCGACACCUUCUCCCCGGCCCCCCCUCCCGGCCGGAGCUUGGCCUGAGCUGUCAAAACCCCGCCCCCGGAGACCCACAAUUGGUCCAAAAAGCGUAAAAUCAGCAAUCAAGGGGGGCCUGGCUCGUUAGCGCAGGGGAUCCGAGCAGGGCAGGACAUGUGAGAUAGUCACAGUUUUCCAGAGAUCACGACAAGAUCUAACCAGUCGCGCGUGGUCCCCGGCGCCGGAGCGGGCCAGCCCAGCCCAGCCCCGCGCAGAGCCCCCGCCGCCCCCGCGCCCAGAGCCCCGCGUCCCUCGCCGUGCGCCGGACGGGGAACCGGGAGGAGCUGCCACCGCGCUUGCCACCCGGGUCGCCCUUCCUCCGCGCGCGCCGCCGCCCGGGCCGGGGGUCCGAGCCGCGCGCCCCCGGCCCCGGCCCCCGGGCGCCUGGGCCGGAUGUCCCGAUGAGAGAGCCGGCGCUGGCGGCCAGCGCCAUGGCUUACCACCCGUUUCACGCGCCACGGCCGGCCGACUUCCCCAUGUCCGCCUUUCUGGCGGCGGCGCAGCCCUCCUUCUUCCCGGCGCUCGCACUGCCGCCCGGCGCGCUGGCCAAGCCUCUGCCCGACCCCGGCUUGGCGGGGGCGGCGGCGGCGGCGGCUGCGGCGGCGGCGGCGGCGGCCGAGGCGGGGCUGCACGUCUCGGCACUCGGCCCGCAUCCGCCCGCUGCGCAUCUGCGCUCGCUUAAGAGCCUGGAGCCCGAGGACGAGGUGGAGGACGACCCCAAGGUGACGCUGGAGGCCAAGGAGCUGUGGGACCAGUUCCACAAGCUGGGCACCGAGAUGGUCAUCACCAAGUCCGGGAGGAGGAUGUUUCCUCCCUUCAAGGUGCGAGUCAGCGGCCUGGACAAGAAGGCCAAAUAUAUCCUGCUGAUGGACAUCGUGGCCGCUGAUGACUGCCGGUAUAAAUUCCAUAACUCGCGCUGGAUGGUGGCGGGCAAGGCCGACCCAGAGAUGCCCAAACGGAUGUACAUCCACCCGGACAGCCCGGCCACGGGAGAGCAGUGGAUGGCCAAGCCGGUGGCCUUCCAUAAGCUGAAGCUGACCAACAACAUCUCCGACAAGCACGGCUUCACCAUCCUGAACUCCAUGCACAAGUACCAACCACGCUUCCACAUCGUGCGAGCCAACGACAUCCUGAAGCUGCCCUACAGCACCUUUCGUACCUACGUGUUCCCUGAGACCGACUUCAUCGCGGUCACUGCCUACCAGAACGACAAGAUCACGCAGCUUAAGAUUGACAACAACCCGUUUGCCAAGGGCUUCCGGGACACCGGGAAUGGCCGGCGGGAGAAAAGGAAGCAGCUAACGCUGCCGUCGUUGCGCUUGUACGAGGAGCACUGCAAGCCAGAGCGCGACGGUGCCGAGUCGGACGCCUCGUCCUGCGACCCUCCCCCCGCGCGGGAACCGCCACCCUCCCCGGGGACAGCGCCUAGUCCCCUGCGCCUGCACCGGACUAGAGCCGAGGAGAAGUCGUGCGCCGCGGACAGUGACCCAGAGCCCGAGAGGCUGAGCGAGGAGCGCGCGGGGCAGGCGCUAGGCCGCAGCCCGGCCCUGGACGGCGACAGCCCCCCUCGGUUGACCGAACCCGAGCGCGCCCGGGAGCGGCGCAGCCCCGAGAGGGCCAAGGAGCCGGCCGAGAGCGGCGGGGACGGCCUGUUUGGCCUGCGGAGCCUAGAGAAGGAGCGCGCCGAAGCCCGGCGGAAGGACGAGGGGCGCAAGGAGGCCGGCGAGGGCAAGGAUCCCGGCCUGGCGCCACUGGUGGUGCAGACAGACAGUGCGUCCCCCCUGGGCGCCGGACACCUGCCGGGCCUGGCUUUCUCCGGCCACCUGCACGGGCAGCAGUUCUUCGGGCCUCUGGGGGCCGGCCAGCCGCUCUUUCUGCACCCGGGACAGUUCGCCAUGGGCCCCGGCGCCUUCUCCGCCAUGGGCAUGGGCCACCUACUGGCCUCGGUGGCAGGCGGCAGCAGCGGAGGAGGUGGCGGACCAGGGACAGCCACCGGGCUGGACGCAGGCGGGCUGGGUCCCGCAGCCAGCGCGGCAAGCACCGCCGGGCCCUUCCCGUUCCACCUCUCCCAGCACAUGCUGGCAUCUCAGGGAAUCCCAAUGCCCACUUUCGGAGGCCUCUUCCCCUACCCCUACACUUACAUGGCUGCUGCUGCCGCGGCGGCCUCCGCUUUGCCAGCCACUAGUGCUGCGGCGGCUGCCGCUGCUGCCGCAGGCUCCCUAUCCCGGAGUCCCUUUCUGGGCAGUGCCCGGCCCCGCCUGCGCUUCAGCCCCUACCAGAUCCCAGUCACCAUCCCACCUAGCACUAGCCUCCUCACUACUGGGCUGGCGGCCGAGGGCUCCAAGGCUGCAGGCGGCAACAGCCGGGAGCCCAGCCCGCCGCCCGAGCUGGCUCUCCGCAAAGCGGGGGCCCCGCCCCGCGGGGCCCUGUCGCCCAGCGGCUCAGCCAAAGAGGCAGCCAGUGAACUGCAGAGCAUCCAGAGGCUGGUGAGUGGGCUGGAGAGCCAGCGAGCCCUCUCGCCCGGCAGGGAGUCGCCCAAGUGAGGGGCUGCUCAGCUGCUCCGCUGCCGCGCAGGCCUCCUGAGCUGCCUGCCCCUGCUGCUUGGGACGUGUACAGCACAGAAUGGGUAUUUAUUUAAAUAAAGGAGAAAAAGCGGGCUGCAGAGGCUGGAAUGAAGCCCCGAUCAGCCAGCCAGGGCCUGGGACACUUCCCUGGGCUUCAGAAGGAAUCCAGCUGCCAGGAACGCAGUCGCUUUGGAGCCACUGGAUUUGGUCCAAGCCUGCUCCCGUGUCAAGGUGUCAUCGGCGGGGCCCUCUCCGGGUCCUCCAGCACUGUGGGGAGUCCUCGUCCCUGGCCCAGCCAGAGGCUGGCUCUUCGGGAGCCAGAAGGUGCAGGCGUCAGGCGGGGGAGCCCCAGAACCCCUAGCCUCGGGCUGGGACCGCUUGAGAAUCUGGGGUGAGGGGUGCUGGGGUCAGUGAAGAUUCAAGUCAGUGUAGACUUGAGCUGAGAGGAACCUGUUCUUUUAGUCCUUCCACCUCUUCACCCAGACAGGCGCCCCUCCCACCCCUGGGUCAGCAGAGGGAGUGGCACUUCUGCCUUGAGUCCCCAGGGUGAAAAAAAAAAAGAUAUUUAUGAAAUAAAUGGUAAUUUGUGUAAAUAAGCUUUAAGGUUCCCAGAAUAUGCAAAUUGGUAUUAAUUUAUUCAAAGGUGUACAUUGCUGUGUACAUAAUAUUUAGAGAUUAACUCAUAGCAUUUAAUUUUUUUUUCAUUUUACAUGAGCAUCUAUAUUGUACAGGGCUUGGGGGGUCCUUGGCUGCGGGAGAGGGCCCCGAUCCCUGGAGGAGCUCCCACCCCGCCAGCCCCUCGGCCCCUGCGCCCGGGCUUUGCUCUUCCGGCCCGCGGGCUCCACCUCAGGUUUUCACUUUUCGCUCUGGAGCGAGACGAAACGACAAAAACUCGAGAAAACAAUAAAACGCUACAAUGCAAAGUGAA